UGAGCUGCUGAGUUCAGGACCUCCCUCUCAGGCCAACAGCAACAGGAAGAAAAACAACAAGCCUGCUGAAACUGAAUCCUCUGAAUCCCGGGCACCAUGAUGAUUUAAACUGACAGCGAAAAUGACUUCCGUUGAGAUGAACGUGCAGACGUAUUUGUCACGCAUCGGGUUCGCCGGCCCAGUUGAGCCCAGCCUGGACGUGCUGCGGUCGGUCCACAUCUGUCACCUGAAGUCGGUGCCUUUUGAAAACCUCACGGUGCACACCGGCGGGCGGGUCCAGCUCGACCCUCAUCUUCUAUACGACAAGAUCGUGAACCAGCGCCGAGGCGGUUUCUGCUUUGAGAACAACGGUCUCUUCUCGUGGCUGCUCGGCCAGCUGGGCUUCCGGGUAACGAUGCUCUCGGGCCAGGUGAAGAACUCGUUCGGUCGGUACGGGCCACCUUUCGAUCAUUUGGUCCUCAUGGUGAGCCUUGAUGGGCAGCGUUGGCUGUGCGACGUCGGGUUCGGGUCCUCGGGCUUCAGCGUUCCUCUUUCGCUGGAGACCAGCGGCCACCAGGAGCAGGGCCACCGAGUGUACCGCAUCAGGAAGGACACAGGGAUGAUCUUUGUGGAGUGGCAGGGACAGGGAACCACAGGGGCUGAUGGAGACUGGGCACAGCUCUACAAGUUCACCCUUGAACCUCGGUGCUUGGAGGACUUUGCUGAGAUGUGCAAAUACCACCAGAGCUCUCCAAGCUCCAUCUUCUUCUGCAAGUCCUUCUGCACGAUUUUAAAACCGACUGGAAGGCUCACCUACAUUGGCCGCAGACUGAUCAGCAUCACAUUUCCGACCAAGGGAACAGGGGGAGAAUCCGAAACCACAACCAGGGAACUCAAGGAUGAGGAGAUCCCAGGGAUUCUAGCAGAGAAAUUUGGAGUUGUGCUAAAUUCUCCUCUUGUGCCAAAGGAUGAGACAAUCACACCACUAGCAGUUAUGUAUUGAUCAUGCAUAAGCU